CAUUCAACUGCCCUUCACACUUUCUUCAACUCCAACUCUCUAUUCGAUUUCUACCAUUUUCCUUCCAUCUGUUCUCUCCGACCUUGAAUUCGAGGCUUUUCAACUUUGUUUUGAAGUUGAAGCUUCAAACAAAGCUCUCUUCAGUUUUUGAAAAGUUGCAAUGGGGAGGCUUUUUCUUGUUGAAUUUGAUCAAACUCCUGAAGUCCAUUUCUACUGCUGUCGAACUUGCCAAGCUCACAUUGUCUUAGCCCAACACUGCUUUUCCAGAAUGGAGCAGCUUAGGGAAGGCUUGUUCACAAAUGUUGUCAAUGUUGUAGUUGAUGAACGUACUAGGAGGGAAGGUUUUUUCCAAGUAGAAGAUAUCCACUGUGUCAGAUGCAACAAGCCAUUGGGCUGGAGAUAUAUUCCUGCCCAGCCGAAUGGAACUGUUCUGCUUAAGUUGGCUCAUCUUCUGUUUUGGGACGGAGCAAGGCUACUGAAUGCUGACACACUUUUGGAUCCAGUGGUAGAUCAGGAGAAUCAGGAGGAUCAGGGGAAUCAGGGUGAGGAGGAUGAGGAUGACCAAGGCCCAGAUGAUAACGUGGACAUCGACUGACCCUAUAAAUUUUGUAUUCCUCUACUACUUCAAUUCUUUUCCUUCUCCAAGAAGUGGGGAUCAUUGUUUUGGUUGCUUAGUGUGAGG